AUGGCAGAACCCGCGGCUGCAACUGAAACCCCGCCUUGGUGGGCAGCGUUUCCCGCCCCCAAGGCCAAGUCUCUGGAAAUCGAGGCCGAUGAGGUGAUGAAGCUGCUGGAGGCCCAAGCUGCAGCUGGCAGUGAUAGCUCCCGUGAGUUCCUCCUAGUAGACGUGCGAAGGAAUGAUUGGGAGGGCGGUACCAUAUCGACGUCGAUCAACUUCCCCGCCCAGACUCUGUACCAGACGAGACCCGUCAUCCAUCAGUUGUGUAAGCAGGCUGGUGUCAAGCGUGUUAUAUUUUAUUGCGGUAGCAGUAACGGCCGCGGCCCACGCUCUGCCAACUGGCUGCAAGACUAUUUCGAUGAAAUCGGCGAGACCGCCGUGCAGGCUGUCAUCCUCAAGGGCGGCAUCAAGGGCUGGGUGCGCAAGUACGGCGGCCGUAUGAUGGACUGGUACGACGAGCAGGCCUGGACGGAGGUCGCGAAAUAA